AUGGUGAUGCUUAGAAGAGCAUUAGAGCUUUGUCGACUGCAGCAGUUUGAAGGUGUGAGGCCUAAUGCAAUAACUUUGGCUUCUCUUCUUUUUGCUUGUGCUGAUUUGCCUUCUUUGAAGCUUGGCAAGUGCUUGCAGGGGUGCGUGAUGAGACAACUGGAAUCCGAUGUAAAUAUGGAAACUGAACUGAUUGGCAGAUUUCCAGCAAGCAAGGAAUAUCCACUGUUACCUAACAAGAUCGCAGUUUCUUUCUAGAAUUGAGGUUUCUUCUGGUUUGAUUGAUAUGUACACCAAAUAGAAUAUGCGCACAAGAUCUUCAAUUUCUGCAAAGGAUGAGGACAUCAUUCUGUGAAGUGUGAUAAUAGGUGGUUAUGUAAUGUGGAGGCAUAGCGAGGCUGCUGUUUCUCUUUUCAAUCAGAUGGUUCAAUCUGAAGUU